AUGGCGGACAUCGAUGUUGAUAAGGCUUCUUUGGAGCAGUUAAGAGACGUUUUGUGUAACAAGUCUGGUGACGUUGCCCUUGCCAACAGAUUCAGGGCGCUCUUCAACUUGAAGAAUAUUGGUGCAGACUCUGAAGAUAAGGCCACCGUUCACAAGGCUAUUGACUACAUCGCCGAGUGUUUCAACGAUGACAGUGAGUUAUUGAAGCACGAGGUCGCCUAUGUGUUGGGCCAGAUUAGAGACAUUUACGCCAACAAGCAUUUGAAGGCAGUGUUGGCGGACCCUAACCAACAGGUGAUGGUGAGACACGAGGCUGCUGAGGCCAUGGGUGCUAUUGGUCACGAGGAGGUGUUAGAUAUGUUGGAGCAGUAUUACAAGAACGACCCCGCUGUCGAGAUCAGGGAGACGUGCGAGCUUGCUAUCGACAGAAUUAAGUGGGAGAACUCUGAGAAAGCCAAGGCAGAGAAGUUGGAGAAAUCCGCCUUCACCUCGAUCGAUCCUGCUCCUCCUUUGGCCACUGACCAAGAGGCCAAGGUUGAAAAAUUGCAGAAGCUCUUGAACGACCAAAGCAAAUCUUUGUUUGAGAGAUAUAGAGCCAUGUUUAGAUUGAGAGACUUGGGCACGGAUGAGGCUGCGCUUGCAUUGGCUACUGGCUUUGAUGACCCUUCUGCUUUGUUCAGACACGAGAUUGCUUAUGUAUUUGGUCAAUUGUGUAACCCAGUUACCGUCCCUUCGUUGAUCAAGGUGUUGAAGAACUCCAAUGAAGCUGGUAUGGUGAGACACGAAGCUGCCGAGGCCUUGGGCUCCAUCGCCACUGACGAGUGCUUGCCUGUGCUCAAGUCCUUUUUGAACGACCAGGAGAAGGUUGUCAGGGAUAGUGCCAUUGUUGCGCUAGACAUGUACGAGUACGAAAACUCCAACGAGUUGGAGUACACCACCGUGAAGACUUAA